AUGGACGCGCCGUCGAGCAGCACGAGCACGAGCACCAACAGCAGCCGGAGCGCCUCCGAGCAGCACCAGCAGCAGCGCCACCACCACCACCAGGCGGCGGGGCACCAGCCGCACCACCCGUUCUACUACGCCGCCGCAGCCAACACGGGGGGGAUGGCGCCGUUCAUGGGGUCGCUGGCCAUCGCGCCCGCCGCCACGUCCGUCGUGGGCGGCGCGGGGGAGGUGCAGCAGCUGGCGCAGCAGCAGCAGCAGUCGGCGGCGGCGGCGCCCGCAGGUGCAGGAUCGUCCGGCGGCGCUGCCGCCGCGGACAAGAAGAAGGCCGUGGUGCCCGCGGGGAGCAACAAGCGGCCCACCAAGGACCGGCACACCAAGGUGGAGGGCCGGGGGCGGCGGAUACGGAUGCCGGCGCUGUGCGCGGCGCGGGUGUUCCAGCUCACGCGGGAGCUGGGCCACAAGACGGACGGCGAGACCAUCGAGUGGCUGCUGCAGCAGGCGGAGCCCGCCAUCGUGGCCGCCACCGGGACCGGGACCAUCCCGGCCAACUUCUCCUCGCUCGCCGUCUCCCUCCGCUCUGGCGCCUCGCACCCGUCCUCCGCCUCCCGCGCCGCGGCCGCCUUCCACCACCUCCCUCCGGCGCACACGCAGCACGAGGUCGCCGCCAUGCUCGGCUGGAACCACCAUCACCACCAGCAGCAGCUUCUCCCACCGCCUCCGCACCACCACCACCACCACCAGCAGGCGCCGCAAGAUCCCGGCGCCGGGGAGUUCAUGAGGAAGCGCUACAGGGAGGGCGCCGACGACCUGUUCAAGGACCCCGCCACGCGCCAGCACCAUCCCGACGACGGCGACGGCGGCCGCGGCGGCGCCGAGGGGGACGCCGAGGAGCACAAGGCCCGCGUGACGCCAACCACCGCAAUGUGGGCCGUGGCGCCCAACAGCGCCGGCGGCGGCGCUUUCUGGAUGCAGCCCACGUGGGCGUUCGGCGGCGGCGGCGGCGGGAGCACGGUGCAGGCGCCGCUCCAGUUCAUGUCAACAAGCAGAAGCCGCAACAACUUCCCCGCCGGGACGACGAUGGACGCCAACAUCGGCAUGCUCGCCGCGCUCAACGCCAGCGGCGGCGGCGUCCAGCAGCAGCAGCACCAGCACCAGCAGCAGGACGAGGGGCAGCAGCCGCCGGAGAUGGCCCAGCGCCACCGCGGCGCGAACGGCGGCGACGCUGGGCGUGGCGCCGCGAGCCCCCAGUAA